AUCGCGGGAGGAGGCGGGAUCUGCUGCUGCAGAGCAAACGCCGCUUUUGAUGCUUCUUCCUGGUGCAUUUCCUCUGUGUCGCUCCGGGAAAGCCCCUUCUCCUCCCUGAACUUGGAGAAGGAAGGAGCUGAAGUUCCCGCGCGGGACGCUGCUCUUCUCAGGCCUCGGAGGAAUCUGGGAGAAGAUCCCCAAGGUGGAAUUUCCAAGGUGGUCACAGACCUCCAUCCCUUGGAAGGGAGUCUGUCAGAGGCUGCUUUAGAGCAGAUUAAAGAUGGAAAAGGGAGACAUGGCUGGCAAUGAAGCAGGAAAAGGCCCUGAGGCCAUCCAGGCUGGGAUGACUGGGGAAUUCUGGGAAAGGACUGAUCAGCAGAUCCAGGAAGAGGACACCAGCAGCUCAGAUUCACAGUGCCAGCACUUCAGGCAGUUUGGCUACCAGGAGUCUGAGGGGCCUCGAGAGGUUUGCAGCCAACUCCACCACCUUUGCCAUCAGUGGUUGAAGCCAGAGACACACACGAAAGCUCAGAUGCUGGACCUGGUGAUUCUGGAGCAGUUCCUGACUGUCCUUCCCCUAGAUAUGGAGAUCUGGGUCAGAGAAUGUGGAGCGGAGACCAGUUCCCAGGCAGUGGCCCUGGCAGAAGGUUUCCUCUUGAGCCAGGCAGAGGGGAAGCAGCAGGAAGAUCUGCAGAAGCAAGGACUGUUGUCCGAAGUAGUCUCCGGUUUCCACGAGACAGAGAAGGCUCCACCGGACGCUGGGCAGAGGCUGUUGUCCAAGGGGAUCUCACAGGAGGGGGGCUUACUGGGUGCUGGCAUGACUCUGCCUCUGCAUUCUCAGCCAUCUCUUCCUUCAGGUGGAGUGGAAGGCGCUUCAGGAUGGCCAGACCAGGCUCGGGUGACCUUUGAGGACGUGGCUGUGCAUUUCACAGAGGAGGAGUGGGCUCUGCUGGAUUGUGGCGAAAAGACUCUGCACAGGGAAGUCAUGGAAGAGAAUGCCUGGAAUGUGGCCUCUCUGGGUGACAGUUGGGGGAGGAAGAAGGAGGAAAAACCUAGCAGAGGAUAUUGGGGAGGUGCCAGAUGGAAAAAGAAGGAAGAAGAGAGAAAGGGAACUGAAGCAAAAUGGGAGGACAAGAUUGGACCAUCUGCUUCUCAGCACAGCGAUGUCCAUAAAAAUGGAAUGCAAAAAACCGUGCAGAAAGAAAGAGAGAGAAGCUUCCAGCCCCCGAGUAGUAAAAGCUUCAGUUCUGAACCAGGCUUUAAAUGUCAGGAGGAAAUGCACACGGAAAAAAGAUCAUAUCAAUGCUUGGUGUGUAGAAAGAGCUUCAGGGACAAUGGAAAGCUUACUGUGCAUCAUAGAACCCACACAGGAGAGAAACCAUAUAAAUGCUUGGAGUGUGGAAAGAGCUUCAGGCAGAAGGGAAUGCUUACUAGGCAUCAAAUAAUGCACACAGAAGAGAAAGCAUAUACAUGCUUGGAGUGUGGAAAGAGCUUCAGCAGUAAGGGAAAUCUUAAUAUGCAUCAAAGUAUCCACACAGGAGAGAACCCAUAUAAAUGCUUGGAGUGUGGAAAGAACUUCAGGCAGAAGGGAAUGCUUACUAGGCAUCAAACAAUCCACACAGGAGAGAAACCAUAUACAUGCCUGGAGUGUGGAAAGAGCUUCAGGCAGAAGGCAAGACUUAUUGUGCAUCAAAGAAGCCACACAGGAGAGAAACCAUAUAAAUGCUUGGAGUGUGGAAAGAGCUUCAGCGAGAAUGGAAUGCUUACUAGGCAUCAAAGGAUCCACACAGGAGAGAAACCAUAUAAAUGCUUGGAGUGUGGAAAGAGCUUCAGGCAGAAGGGAAGUCUUACUGUGCAUCAAAGAAAACACACAGGAGAGAAACCAUAUAAAUGCUUGGACUGUGGAAAGAGCUUCAGCGAUAAUGGAAAGCUUAUUGUGCAUCUAAGAACUCACACAAGCGAGAACCCAUAUAAAUGUUUGGAGUGUGGAAAGAGCUUCAGCACAAAUGGAGCACUUAAUAGACAUAAAAGAAUCCACACAGGAGAGAAACCAUAUACAUGUUUGCAGUGUGGAAACAGCUUCAGGUGGAAGGAAAAACUUAUUAGUCAUCAAAGAAUCCAUACAGGAGAGAAACCAUAUAAAUGCUUGGAGUGUGGAAAGAGUUUCAGGUGGAAGGACAUACUUAUUAAUCAUCAAAGAAUUCACACAGGAGAGAACCCAUAUAAAUGUUUGAAGUGUGGAAAGAGCUUCAGCACAAAUGCAAAGCUCACUAUGCAUCAUAGAACCCAGACUGGAGAGAAACCAUAUACAUGCUUGGAGUGUGGAAAGAGCUUCAGGCAGAAGGGAAAUCUUAUUCUGCAUCAAAGAAGCCACACAGGAGAAAAACCAUAUAAAUGUUUGGAGUGUGGAAAGAGCUUCAGCUGCAAGGGUAAUCUUAUUGUGCAUCAAAGAAUCCACACAGGAGAGAAACCAUAUAAAUGCUUGGAGUGUGGAAAGAGCUUCAGGGAGAAAGGAAUGCUUACUAGUCAUCAAAGAAGCCACACAGGAGAGAAACCAUAUAAAUGCUUGGAUUGUGGAAAAAACUUCAGUGAGAAUGGAAUGCUUACUAGGCAUCAAAGAACCCAUACAGGAGAGAAACCAUAUAAAUGCUUAGAAUGUGGAAAAAACUUCAGCCAGAAUGGAAUGCUUACUAGGCAUCAAAGAACUCACACAGGAGAGAAACCAUAUAAAUGCUUGGAGUGUGGAAAGAGCUUUGGGUGGAAGCAAAAUCUUAUUGUGCACCAAAGAAGCCAUGCAGAAGAUAAACCAUAUAACUGCUUGGAGUAUGUCACAGUUCUCGAGGGCCACUUGGCCGUAUGGAAGACAUGGCUGGCUAUAAAGCAGGAAAAGGCCCUGAGGCCAUCCAGGCUGGGAGCACUGGAGAAUUCUGGGAAAGGACGGGGCAGAAGAUCCAGGAAGAGGACACCAGCAGCUCAGAUGCACAGUGCCAGCGCUUCAGGCAGUUCUGCAACCAGGAGACUGAGGGGCCCCCGAGAGGUUUGCAGCCACCUCCACCACCUUUGCCGUCAGUGGCUGAAGCCAGAGAGACACACGAAAGCUCAGAUGCUGGACCUGGUGAUCCUGGAGCAGUUCCUGACUGUCCUGCCCCCGGAGAUGGAGAGCUGGGUGAGAGAAUGUGGAGCAGAGACCAGUUCCCAGGCGGUGUCCCUGGCAGAAGGUUUCCUCUUGAGCCAGGGUGAAGACAGGAAGCAGGAAGAUCUGCAGACGCAAGGACUGUUGUCGGAAGCUGUCCCCAGUUUCCACGAGGCAGAGAAGGCUCCACUGGACGCUGGGCAGAGGCUGUUGUCCAAGGGGAUCUCACAGGAGGGGAGCAGAAGUGCCACCUUGCUGGGAGCUGGCAUGACUCUACCUCUGCAUUCUCAGCCACCUCUUCCUUCGGGUGGAGUGGAAGGCACUUCAGGACGACCAGACCAGGGCCAGGUGACCUUUGAGGACGUGGCUGUGAAUUUCACAGAGGAGGAAUGGGCUCUGCUGGAUUGCGGCCAAAAGACUCUGCACAGGGAAGUCAUGGAAGAGAAUGGCUGGAAUGUGGCCUCUCUGAGUGACUGUUGGGGGAAGAAGAAGGAGGAAAAACCUAGCAGAGGAUAUUGGGGAGGUGCCAGAUGGAAAAUGAGGAAAGAAGAGAGAAAGGGAACUGAAGCAAAAUGGGAGGACAAGAUUGGAGCAUCUGCUUCUCAGGAUGGCGAUGUCCAUAAAAAUGGAAUGCAAAAAACAAUGCAGAAAGAAAGAGAAAGAAGCCUGCAGCCCCCGAGUAGUAAAAGCUUCAGUUCUAAACCGGACCUUAAACGUCAGGGGAAAUUGCACACGGAAAAGAGAUCAUAUAAAUGCUUGGUGUGUGGAAAAAGCUUCAGCGAUAAGGGAAUGCUUACUAGGCAUCAAAUAACCCACACAGGAGAUAAACCAUAUAAAUGCUUGGAGUGUGGAAAGAGCUUCAGGCAGAAGGAAAUGCUUACUAUGCAUCAAAUAACCCACACAGGAGAGGAACCAUAUACAUGCCUGGAGUGUGGAAAGAGCUUCAGCGAUAAGGGAGUGCUUACUAGACAUAAAAGAACGCAUACAGAAGAGAAACCAUAUAAAUGCUUGGAGUGUGGAAAGAGCUUCAGCAAGAAUGGAACACUUAAUGUGCACCAAAGAACGCACACAGGAGAGAAACCAUAUAAAUGCUUGGAGUGUGGAAAGAGCUUCAGCUGGAAUGGAAGUCUUACUAGACAUAAAAGAACGCACACAGGAGAGAAACCAUAUAAAUGCUUGGAGUGUGGAAAGAGCUUCAGGCAGAAGGAAAAUCUUACUGAGCACCAAAGAAAGCACACAGGAGAGAAACCAUAUAAAAGCUUGGAGUGUGGAAAGAGCUUCAGUGAGAAUGGAAAGCUUUGUGUGCAUCCAAGAGCCCACACAGGAGAGAAACCAUAUAAAUGCUUGGAGUGUGGAAAGACCUUCAGCCAAAAGGGAGUGCUUAAAAGGCAUCAAAGAACGCACACAGGAGAGAAACCAUAUAAAUGCUUGGAGUGUGGAAAGAGCUUCAGGGAGAAGGGAAAUCUUACUAGACAUAAAAGAACGCACACAGGAGAGAAACCAUAUAAAUGCUUGGAGUGUGGAAAGAGCUUCAGGCAGAAGGAAAAUCUUACUGAGCACCAAAGAAAGCACACAGGAGAGAAACCAUAUAAAAGCUUGGAGUGUGGAAAGAGCUUCAGUGAGAAUGGAAAGCUUUGUGUGCAUCCAAGAGCCCACACAGGAGAGAAACCAUAUAAAUGCUUGGAGUGUGGAAAGACCUUCAGCCAAAAGGGAGUGCUUAAAAGGCAUCAAAGAACGCACACAGGAGAGAAACCAUAUAAAUGCUUGGAGUGUGGAAAGAGCUUCAGGGAGAAGGGAAAUCUUACUAGACAUAAAAGAACGCACACAGGAGAGAAACCAUAUAAAUGCUUGGAGUGUGGAAAGAGCUUCAGGCAGAAGGAAAAUCUUACUGAGCACCAAAGAAAGCACACAGGAGAGAAACCAUAUAAAAGCUUGGAGUGUGGAAAGAGCUUCAGUGAGAAUGGAAAGCUUUGUGUGCAUCCAAGAGCCCACACAGGAGAGAAACCAUAUAAAUGCUUGGAGUGUGGAAAGAGCUUCAGGAGGAAGGUAAAUCUUAUUGUACAUCAAAGAAACCACACAGGAAAGAAAGCAUAUACAUGCUUGGAGUGUGGAAAUAUCUUCAGGCAGAAGGUAAUGCUUACUUGGCAUCAAAGGACCCCGCACAGGAGAGAAACCAUAUAA